AUGAUCGACACCAAGGGGUAUCUUGUCAGCCUCCCCCUGCGGCUAGGGUUUAAAGACGGCAAGGCCAUCGCCGCCAACGUCUACCGCGCCCUCUACGUCGCCGCCACCAACGACGGCGCCGACCUCCCCUCGAUCUUCCCCCACACGGACCUCUCCCAGUUCCACCCCCGGGAUAUCGACCCCACCGAUAAGGCGUUUGGCCUCGGCGUCACCAGAGACAGCCGCGCCCACAAAGUGUUCUCGUCUCUGGCGGCGAGUUCUCAGUCGUACUUCCACUUGCGCCACCGGAUAUGUGCUCGUCUCAUCGGGGCGGGCGAGCCGCUUUACCGCUGCGUUGAGUGUGGCUUCGACGAUACCUGUGUUCUCUGUUGCCACUGUUUCAACCCGGAAGACCACCGAGGCCACGAUGUGCGGGUGUCCAUCUCUAGUGGCACCACGGGAGGGUUGUGCGAUUGUCUGGACCCGGAAGCUUUUCCUACCACGUUAAAUUGCCUCUGUGCUGAAGAUACCGUCCCCGAACUGAGCCUGAAGCUUCUGCAACUGAUCGAACAAACCAUGAGCGUCGCCCUCGACUACGUGCUCGAUGUCCUUUCGCAUUCCAUCGGCACAUUGCCUGCCGUACAAGAAGCCGCUGCCUACGACGAGAUUGAGCAGUUUUCCGAUAUCCUGGAUCUCCCCUACUACUCUACUUGUGAAGAUAGAAAUUUUGGCCCCUACGUGCUUGUAUUGUGGAAUGAUGAACGCCACAACUUCCCGGAAGCACAGGCGGCGAUUAAAGCCGCCACCGACGGCAGCGACACUCAGUGCUUUGCCUACGCCAACCAGAUCAACGAAGAAGGCCGGGCCAUUCUUCGUACCGACCCCGACCCCAUGCGGUUGGUGCACUACCACAAAAAGAUAAAGGAAACACUGCUGCCCACUAAACCAGCGUUGGUGCUGCUGAUAUGUAGUGCUCGAGACUACAUGCGAGAGGAAAUUGUCAUCGCCAUCUUUGGGUGGAUUAAGCAGAUCAUUGCUCACCCUACCAUUGGGGUCGCAGCCUCCCAGGCGUUUGCUCGCUUGCUUUUGGAUAAGGAUUACUGGCCGAGCGGCAAGUUGAUGCAGGUCGUCAGUGACCGCAUGACUAACGACAAUGAACCGGCGUUGUUCACUGACGGCCUUCUCUGGAACGGCGCCAUCAAACCCAUGCUCCCCAAGCUCAACGACCGCGGCACCAUGAUCUACUCCCAGGACGAGUUCUACGGCACCCGCCUCCAAUACUUACUUGCAUACGAGAUCCGCUUGACCAAACAGGUCCGCAGCUAUCUCCCCACCAUGCUCACCCUGAGCUUGAUUGCCGAGCCCCAGUUUAAGAGCCAAUUUGCCGAACAAGUGGCGGCAAUUUUCCCCAUGCUUUUCACUAUCCAGGCGGUGUCCGAGCGCGAGGAGGGCCUCGCCGUUCUCCCCGAGAUUGCCGUGCAGUUGUGGACGUGUCCCGUCACCAUUCAGCAUCUCGUCACCACCAACAAAAUCGGGUUACUCAUUGCUCCCUGUGUCCUGCUUAUCAACACCAGCUGUUCCGAAAGGAGUUCCUUUACCGGUGAUCGCACGUUUAAGCUGUACCGGGAGCGCGAUAACGUGCGUAACCACCAGUCGUUUGCGGUGGCCAUGGUACGCCACAUGAGCACGGUGGCGAAGAUGACGCUGCCGGAAAUGCUUGAUCAAGUGUCCCUCAGUCAGCUGGAGGACUUGUUUGACAUCUGCUACAAGUAUCUCAAGCUUUUUCAAGGGUUUUCCCCGGUACUCCGCAAGCUUGGCGACCACGUCGAGUGGGAUAUGUUCCGCGCCGAAGACUAUUUCGCCAUCGUCGACUGUGUGCUCCUGUUUGCCAAUAACUUUGCCCAAAAUAUUCAAGCCAAUGGUAGCAACGUCAGUGUGAAAACGUUUGCUGAGAAGCUCAGUCUUGAGUGGAUCAAUAUCGACCUCGAUCACCGUGACCACGCGGUGCUGGGCCUGCCGGUGAACUUGAUCAACGCUAUCCAGACCUUCCUUGGGUGGUGGCUUACCAAUAACUUCACUACCGUCACCAACUGUGUCGCCUGGUGGCUGGUUCGUCUGAUUGUGUUUGCUGCGCAAGCGCGAGUGGGAUUGUGGGUGCGUAAUGGUCUGGUGGUGCUGAAGCAGACCCUGGCCUACCUCAGCUUUUUGCUUGAAGGCGACCCUUACUUCCAGGACCUUUACGUGUGUCAACUGGCGAUUGUCGGGUCAAACCCCACGGAAACGUUAUCGUUCUUCCUUCACAUUUGGGAGUUGCUGGGAUGGUUCUAUUAUAAUGACGCUAUCGCCGAUACCGUCUACGAGACCGACCGAUUUGAUGCUAUUGUCGAGCGUUUCAUCCAGUUCCUCUACGUGCUUUUCGUUGAUCGUACCCGGAUUGAUUCCUACAAUCGCGAAGAGGAAUUGCAGUGGAAGAUCGCCUACACCCUUGCCGACGAGCCGCGGGCGUAUUCCGUGAUCAAACGGCACAUUCACGAUGCCUUCAACGAUUUCGUCAACUUUGACAAUCAGUUACGUCACGUGGCCGAAUACGCUCCUCCUAAGGGGCUUUCUGAUAGCGGUAAGUACCGCUUAAAGGACUCGUGGAUGGCGAAGCUUGAUCCAAUGUCUAAGUUCACUCAGCUGGGCCAAUUCGAUACCAUUAGUGCCCACCAACGCCAGCUUAUCAAUGCCAAGAACCCAGACGAAGUCGUGCUUACGCCGCAAGUAUAUCAUGCCCACGACGCCAGCAUCGACGCCCUGGUGGCUCAGCUCGCCUAUACGCCGACGAUGUUCAAGCUUUUGCAAAGGCUAUUGUCUAAAGCGUUGGCUGACACCUCGGAAACGUUCUUGCCGCAAUUGUUAAGGUACAUUCACGUCAUUGUGCUUGACCUCAACUCUGCAGAAGUGGACCCAGAGACGCUUAUCCCCGUAGCUUUGCAGCUUGCAGAAAUUGUAAACCGGGGAGAAUACGCUAAACCGACGACGGCGACGGCUCGCCACUUAGUUGGGUUUUUGCGCAACCACGAUCAAGCGAUUAAUCAGGCAGUCGAGGCCAAGUAUCCUACAGAAGCAAGCUCCAAGGGCCAACUGCCCGCCGCUAGCUCCAAAGAGACGGAAGCUGAGCGCCGCAAGCGGAAGGCCGAAGAACGCAAGAAUCGGGUCAUGGCCAAGUUUAAGCGGCAGCAACAGGAUUUUGUGGCCAAUAACCAAGAACUCGUCGACGAGUCCCCUGCACCCGACGACAACGCCAAGGGGUACCAGUGUGUCCAGUGUAACGAAGCUAUUCGUCCCGACGACGUGUUUGGCAUCUUAUAUGAAAAAGUGAACUUGUGUACGACUCGCCUCGUUUCCCCGGACCCUGAGGUAGAACCCCAGGGAGUGUACGGUGAAUGGCACCUGGAAGGGGUGGUGCUGUGUGGCCACCAUAUCCACGAGGAAUGCUACAGGACGGCCCGACGCCCCAACGGCGAGGUGAAAUGCGCGAUGUGCCGUACCGUGCAACACAACUUCGCGCAGAUGUGGUACCCUCACCUGGCCGAGCUCAGUGCCGAGCCGUUCACGAAGGAAGCGGUCUGCGAACCUUCAGUGCGCGAAGUGUUAGCCAGAUCCCAAUUCCAAUCAGCGGAUAAUUUCGCGGGUGCUUCCCGUGACGCUAUCGCCGAUCAAUUUUGUGAUUUGAUGACGUUGUUGGCAGGCACGGUGCGGAUGUACGAACUGGCUCAAAGAGACAAGGGUGAACCGGACAAGUGGGGGCUCUGGGACUACCCCGCCUCAGCUAAGCAGACGAUAAGAGUGCUUCUCCAGGAAGUGAUGUGUAAGGGUGACUCUCCCUCCCUCGACACGGAGUACCUUGGCGUGUUUGAGCGUGCCAUUUUGUAUUGGCUUUUCCAUCAGGAGUCGUGGCCUCAAGUGGUGAAGAAGCAUGCCUGCAAAUUGAUCGUCGAAGGCAUCAUCGACAUGGAAAAGCGUGUAUUUGUCAGUGAUGUUGACCGUACACCUGCUUAUGUCAAACUUGUGGCGGCUGUGCGCGAUGUGGUCGGCGGCGAUAGACCGGCGGUGGGGCUGAUGGAACCAUAUUACUACAAUUUUGUCCGGCAAGCGGCGUUGUUCUACGACUUGGUGGCAACCAAGUACACCGCUGAGGGCCACUUUGAGUCGACCCUCGACCACUCCACUAGCGAUAUCGCGUCGCUUUGUGACUUAUUAGGGCUCCCUGAUUACGCCACAUUGAUUCAUGAUGAAACUGAGCUCGCCGUUGCUGUGCAGGAAUUGCGGGACCAAUUGGUUUUCAACUCUGGCUUGUACUCAAUGCUUGAGUACGCGGGCCCGCGUCUGUUUAUUGAGCUUCCCUCGCUUCACGCCAACUCGUUGGAGAUGGUGGGUAAAAUGAGACUGCACCAGUUGCGCUCGCGUCGGUGCUGCUUGCUUUGCGGCGUUGCGGUUUCCAUUAGGGACACAGAACACGUGAUGACGUGUGGUCGAGGCCUUAGUGUCGGCUAUGUGCCGCUGCGAAACGUUGUCAUCGUUCAGUACAAAGAAGGCCGCGAAAUGAAGGGGGCAGAGCUUCCUGGUCCCUAUGUCACUGAACACGGGGAGAUUAAGCUGAUUACACGUCAUGAACCGGCGGUGCUCAGUCAAGACCGUCUCAAUUUGCUCCAUAAGAUGUACCUCACCCAUGAGCUUGAAGGCUACUUGCUGCGUAAUGAUGCCUUCCAUGACUGGCGCCGCUGGCACUUGGAUGCCACCCGGUUCAUGUUUAGACCCGGUCAACCGCCGACGAUCACUGGUGAUGAAGACGACACCGACGAUGAACCGCAACAGGUGAACAUCCCCCAGGCGUGGCCGGUGGUGCUUGACGACGACGAAGACGACGAAGUGGACCACGACGACGACUGGCUUGACGACGACAUGGAGUUCGAUCCGUCGGACCGGGAGAUGGAUGCCAAUGAGUUUAUGACGCAAAUGAGCGAAUACGAACCCGAAAUCCGCGAGUUAUUCCAGUUGUUGCGACCGGAACGCCCCCAGGAACCAGGCCAGGAGCAGGACCAGUUGCUGCCGGAAGACGGCGCCCGUCUUGCCCGGAUGCUUUUGCGGUUGCACACCAGCCGGAUGAUUGUGGACCAGAUGGAGGGAGAAGGAGAUAUGGAGACCAACGAGGAGUCCGAUGACGAAUAUAUGGACACCCGGUGGAAUUGA